GAACAACUGACUGCGGAAGGGCAUCCAUUACCUUCAGAAGUUACCAUAGCAUAUAAUUUUGAAACAAACUCAAUAGAUUUUAAAGUCAUCUCUGCAAAGAAGUCAGGUUUUACAUUUAAUGAAGCAGAUGUAUAUUCGAAUGAAAACUUCAAAGCUAUUGCAUGGUUAGAUAAUGACGAUUGCUUUAAGAAAAUAUUUAAAUUCAGUGACUCAAAGAUGUCAAUAGAUGACCUUCGUGGAAUGUUACCAUCGACGUUUACAGUAGAAGGUUCAGCAGGAUUGCUUACAAGAUUGUCAAUUGGUGGUAUUUGGUCUCGUGAGAACAUUGUUAUAAAAUCCAGUAUAAGUGAAUUUGCUGAAGAAUCUAUAUUAUGUCUUUCAAACUACAUGUAUUCGCCGCCGAAGCAUUAUAGUAUAACAAACUUUGUCAGUAAGUUUAACAUAAGACUUGUCGAACCUUCUUCAAUGAAAGAUGUUGUGCUACCUAAAGAUGGAAAGGAUGGACUCAUUAUUGAGAUGAUUUUAAUUGCAUAUUAA